AUGUCCUCUGAAAUGAGUCUCUUGAAGUCGGAAAAUAAUGAUUACUUUGAGAAAGGAAAUGUUGCUCUGGAGAAGAGCGAGAGUGACAAGUUAUUAAAUCCAGUAUUGAACAAAAAUAGCCAAUACGCUUCUUGGUGCACUGAAAAUGAAGCACCACUAGAAGAAGCUGACAUCGCAUUAGUCUUUGAAGAGAUUGGUUCCAAAUAUGGGUUCCAAAAGGACAAUGUUGCUAAUAUGCUUGAUUUCUUUAUGUGCCAACUUGACUCAAGAUCCAGUAGAAUGUCGUGCCAAAAGGCUUUAUUGUCUUUACAUGCUGAUUACAUAGGCGGCCACCAUGCCAACUACAGGAAAUGGUACUUUGCAACUCAAUACAACAUUCAGAAGAAAAAGAGUAGAAUGAGUUUCAAAGACGGUCAGAGAUUUGAUAUCAGCUCAUCGGAAGCUGCAGAGCUAUGCUGGAAGACAUACCUAUCUGAGCUUCCGGACAAGGACUAUGUCAUUCAAAUUUGCUUGUACUUGCUAAUCUGGGGUGAAGCUAACAAUAUUAGAUUCAUGCCUGAAUGCAUCUGUUUCUUGUACUAUUGCGCAUUUGAACGGUACUAUUCAGCCGAUACGGCAAAUGAUUCCAUCAAUGCACAUGAUAAACCGCACUCCUAUCUUGACAAUGUUAUCACUCCUUUGUAUAACUAUAUCGCAACUCAAUCGAGAAGGGCCGACCAAGAGAAGGAUCAUUCAAACAUAGUUGGAUAUGAUGAUAUUAAUCAACUAUUUUGGUAUGCGGAAGGAUUGAAUAGAAUUAAAUUGAAUAACUCUUACUUGAUGGAUUUCCCUAAGGAGGAAAGGUGGAAUAUGCUAAAAGAAGUUCGAUGGGAGAAAACUUUCACUAAAACUUACCGAGAACGGAGGUCAUGGUUGCAUGCCAUCACAAACUAUAGCAGAAUAUGGGUGAUACAUGCAAGUAUGUACUGGUAUUUCACCUCGUUCAAUUCUCCAACUCUUUACACGAAGAAUUAUGUGCAACUACUAAACAAUCAACCUCCAGCUCAAGUAGCUUGGUCUGUCAUAGCUUUGGGAGGUACCCUCGCCUGUAUGUUACAACUUUUUGCAACCAUUUGUGACUGUAUACUUUUCAACAGCUGCAUCAUUAACCAAGGAAAUUGGGUACGAUUCAUUUCAGUCAAGUUAACUGUAUUGACUGCACUAUUUUCCAUAAACAUCACACCUUCGAUAUAUAUUCUUGGUUUCAUUCCUUUUGAUGUCUUUUCAAGAUCAGGAUAUAUACUAUCAAUCGCCCAAUUUGCUAUAUCAGUGGCAACCGUGUUAUAUUUAGCGGUGAUUCCAAGUUCCUCGUCCUUUAGAAGUAACCGAGACUUUAGCUACUUGACUUUUACUGGGUCUUUUCCUAAGUUAAGUUUCAACAGUCGGAUCUAUUCUCUUAUGCUCUGGAUUUGCAUAUUUUCUGCAAAGUUUGUAGAAUCUUAUUUUUUUCUAACGUUGUCAUUAAAUGAUCCAAUAAGAAUCCUAUCAAUUAUGAAGAUGAAGAGGUGUUAUGGGACUGAGUAUCUCGGUAGUCUUAUAUGUGAGCAGCAAGCUAGAAUAGUACUAAUUUUGAUCUUGCUAGCUGACUUGGUAUUGUUUUUCCUUGACACAUACCUUUGGUACAUUAUUUGUAACUGUAUGUUUUCAAUUGGUUUAUCACUUUCACAAGGGGUUUCUGUGUUUUCUCCUUGGAAGAAUAUUUUUAUCAGGUUGCCUGAAAGAAUUUCAUCAAAGAUAAUAUUCGGCGAUGGAAGUGGGGAUACUAGAAAUGAAUUGCUCUCUAAUAUUUGGAACGGAAUCAUUCUUUCGAUGUAUAGGGAGCACCUUCUUUCCAUUGACCAGGUGAAUAAAUUGGUGUACCAAAAGGUUAGUGAUGGAAAAGAUUCUUAUUUUGUCAGAACUCCAUUAUUCUUCAUGUACCAAGAUGAUAGUAGUGAUAAAAUGCUGAAGAAUGACUUUUUCAACGAGAAUCAUGAAUCUGGAAGGAGAAUCUCAUACUUUGCACAGUCAAUAUCAUCCCUGAUGCCAGAACCAAUUCCUACUGUCGCAAUGCCUGCUUUUACCGUUCUAGUGCCCCACUAUUCAGAAAAGAUUAUUUUAAGCUUGAAAGAGAUCAUUAAAGAAGGAGCCAACUCCAAGGUCUCUCUCCUAGAAUAUUUAAAACAGCUAAAUCCCAUUGAUUGGGAAAAUUUUGUUACUGAUACCAAAAUUCUUGCAUCGAUUGAUUCGAUACAGGACGAACUCUUGCCACUUGAUUAUGGGUUAGAUGUCCUUUCGUACCCCACAAGUACAGCCUCGCAAGUAGACUUAUCGAAACAGCAUUUAAAAAGCUCAGUUGAUGAUUUACCACUUUACUGUUACGGUUUCAAAAAUGCUUCAUUUGAAAGCACAUUGAGAACUAGGAUAUGGGCUAGCCUAAGAACUCAAACUUUAUAUAGGACUGUUUCUGGCUUUUCAAACUACCGGAAAGCUCUUAAAUUGUUGCAUUUUUCUGAAGGAAAUUGUAGAAAUACAGCAAUUGAUCAAGUUGAGAGUGAAUCAGAAUUAGACUUUCUUGUGGAUAGGAAGUUCAAGUUAAUAGUUGCGAUGCAAGAAUAUCAGCAUUUCACCAAUGAAGAAAUGAAUGACGCUCAUAUCCUUUUUACUAAGUAUCCUAAUAUAUUAGUAUCUUAUUUGGAAACAAUAAAAAGUGAUGAUGGCGGCAUAUCUUAUUACUCAAAUUUGCUCGAUGUAUCAAACUCAGAUGGCUCCAAUAAUUAUGAAGUAAAAUACCGCAUUAAGUUAUCAGGUAAUCCAAUCUUGGGUGAUGGUAAAGCAGAUAAUCAAAAUAGUUCGUUGAUAUUCUAUAGGGGAGAGUAUAUUCAAGUGAUUGAUUCGAACCAAGAUAAUUACCUCGAAGAAUGUUUAAAAAUAAAGUCUGUACUAGCGGAAUUUGAUGAAUAUGAUCUUGAAGACUUUUCGACAACACAAUACCUGCCAGGUAUCAACUAUGAUCUGGCUUUUCAACCUGUAGGUAUACUAGGAGCCAGAGAAUACAUAUUCUCGGAGAAUAUGGGGGUGUUAGGCGAUAUUGCAGCAAGCAAGGAACAAACGUUUGGCACUUUAUUUGCUAGGACCUUAGCUGAAAUAGGAGGAAAAUUGCACUAUGGGCAUCCAGACUUCUUAAAUGGAAUAUUUAUGACUACCAGAGGCGGUCUAUCAAAGGGCCAAAAGGGAUUGCACUUGAAUGAAGACAUUUACGCCGGAAUGACGUGCAUAUCAAGGGGUGGUAGAAUCAAGCACUGUGAUUACUUCCAAUGCGGAAAGGGCAGAGACCUUGGAUUCGGGACGAUAUUGAAUUUCACUACCAAAAUUGGUGCCGGAAUGGGGGAGCAAAUAUUAUCAAGAGAACAUUACAACUUAGGAACGCAGCUACCAAUUGAUCGUUUCUUGACAUUUUUCUAUGCCCACCCCGGUUUUCAUUUGAAUAAUCUCUUUAUCAUGCUCUCUGUGGAGUUAUUCAUGUUGAUACUAGUGAAUUUUGGAGCGUUGAUUCAAGAAUCAAUUUCAUGUGGUAAACAGGUUCUAUUCACUGAUUUGGAGGAACCUUUAGGCUGCUACAACUUGAGGCCAAUACUAGAUUGGAUCAAUAGGUACGCAUUUUCAGUUUUGAUCUGUUUCUUCUUAUCAUUUUUGCCUUUGCUAUUCCAAGAGCUCAUUGAAAAGGGAUUCAAGAAAUCAGUGAAAAGGAUAGCAUUACAUUUACUUUCCUUAUCACCUGUAUUUGAAGUAUUUGUCUGUCAAAUUUAUGCAAAGUCAUUGCGAGAUAAUUUAACAUUUGGAGGGGCAACCUACAUCGCCACUGGUAGGGGAGUUGCCAUUUCCAGAAUAUCUUUCACUCUACUAUAUGCAAGGUAUGCAAGCAUUUCAAUGUAUUCCGGCUCCAUUUUCUUUCUAAAGGUGCUUUUUGGAACUAUCACUGCAUGGCAGCCUUCAUUACUUUGGUUUUGGUUAACCACCGUAUCGUUAUGUGUUGCACCUUUUCUUUUUAACCCCCAUCAAUUUUCUUGGAACGAAUUUUUCUUGGAUUAUCGAGAGUUCUUAAGAUGGUUGAGCAGAGGAAACAACAGUUUUCAUGGGAACACCUGGACUCGACAUGUGAGAGGUACCAGAGCUAAAUUUACUGGCAUCAAGAAAAGGACGAAAACUGGGGCUCGAAAGGAACGGUCGAAAAAGCGUGCAUCUCGUUGGAAUGUAUUCGUAGAUCAAUGUUUCAUUCCCUUGAUCAAUUCCACUUUACUCAUUAUACCGUACUUAUUCAUCAAUUCACAAAACGGUGUUCAAAAUCCGAAGAGAGUAAAUGUGUUAUUGAGGUUACUAGUUUUGGUUAUAUUUCCUUUCAUUUUAAAUGGGGUAACAAUUCUUGUGUUGUUCUCGCUUUCAUUUAUAUUCGGAACACUACUUUCAUAUUGUAGGUUCCUGACCUUUCCUGGGUUAGUUGCUGUGAUUGCACAUUCCAUGCUGGUCUUCAUUUCGUUGCUCAAUUUCUUGGUUCUUUUGUACUUGCACAGCGGAAGUCUCCCAAGAGUCUUGUGUGGGGUAAUUUGCGUUCUAUCGCUACAAAGAACUCUCAUUCUGAUUAUCUCAACCAUCAUGCUUUCACGAGAGUUGGAUGACGACGUGGUCAAUCGAGUCUGGUGGUCUGGCAAAUAUUUCACUAGUGGGUUGGGUUUUUUACUAACAAUGAGUCAAUUGAUCAGAGAAUUUCCAGUUAAAAUCAUCGAGAUGCAAGUUUUCAGCUUUGAUUUUAUCUUAGGUCAUUUCAUCUUAUUUGCAAUGAGCCCAAUCUUGUUUAUACCAUUUAUUGAUAAGUUGCAUACGUUGAUUCUUUUUUGGUGUUUCAAUCUUCCAUGUCCCAAGAAGAUCCUACCGAGAAGAAAGAACUUAAAGUUGAAAAGAUUGGUGCUAGGAUAUUCUUUACUAUUUUUCUCGAGCUUGUUGAUAUUCGCAGCCAUCAUAGUAUCUUCGAUUUUAGUAUCAGUCGAGUUCGAAACGGUGAUGCAAAACUUGCCGUCAAUGGGGAAUUCCAUAGUGGAUUCACUCAUUCAACCUAAUUUCCAAAACAACAAUGAUACUGGAGAGAAUGCCCCAGAUUUUAUAUUGAGGAGCACGCCAGACAUAGUGCCAAUGAAAACUAUCCUAUGA